GACAAAGACAUUUAAAAGAAGAAUUUUCGAAGAAAAAUUAGAGAGAGUAGAAGAAGCAGAAGCAGUAAUGGUACGAGCUUCAUCGUCGAAGAAAGGAGGAUCAAAAGGAGGAGACAAAGACGACGCAGAGUCAAAACAGAGGAAGAGAUUAAAAACCCUAGCUCUCGAUAACCAAUUGCUCUCUGAUUCUCCGGCGAAAUCUCAUUCCUCUCUCAAACCUUCAAAGCAAGUUCUCAAACACCAUGGCACCGACAUCAUCCGCAAAUCUCAGCGCAAGAAUCGCUUUCUCUUCUCCUUCCCUGGUCUUCUCGCUCCUAUCUCCGCCGCUACCAUCGGCGAUCUCGAUCGAUUAUCUACCAAAAACCCUGUCCUCUACCUUAAUUUCCCACAGGGUCGUAUGAAACUUUUUGGAACGAUUUUGUAUCCGAAGAACAGAUACUUGACUCUUCAAUUCUCUAGAGGAGGCAAAAAUGUCUUAUGUGAUGAUUAUUUUGAUAACAUGAUUGUGUUCUCUGAGUCAUGGUGGAUUGGGACAAAAGAGGAGAAUCCAGAAGAAGCUCGUCUUGAUUUCCCUAAAGAACUAGCUCAGGCAGAGAAUACUGAGUUUGAUUUCCAAGGCGGUGCUGGAGGAGCAGCUUCGGUGAAGAAGCUGGCGAGUCCUGAAAUUGGUAGCCAACCAACAGAGACAGACUCACCUGAAGUUGACAACGAGGAUGUUUUGUCUGAGGAUGGAGAAUUCUUGGACGAUAAGAUCCAAGUAACACCACCAGUUCAAUUAACACCACCAGUCCAAGUAACUCCGGUCCGACAGUCUCAGAGAAAUUCUGGGAAGAAAUUCAACUUUGCAGAAACUUCCUCAGAGGCCUCCUCUGGUGAAAGUGAAGGCAAUACAUCUGAUGAAGAUGAGAAACCUCUGUUGGAACCUGAAUCUUCAACAAGAAGUCGUGAGGAAUCUCAAGAUGGUAAUGGUAUUACUGCAUCUGCAAGCAAGUUGCCUGAAGAACUUCCGGCUAAAAGGGAAAAACUAAAGAGCAAAGACAGUAAGCUCGUUCAAGCUACUUUGUCUAACCUUUUCAAGAAAGCUGAGGAGAAAACAGCUGGAACUUCCAAGGCUAAAUCAUCCUCAAAAGCUUAAAGAAAUCUUUUCCAGAAGAAAAUAGAGGUCUGUUGUUUCUUUGCUGUGAGAAUGAACAGUUUUUAGUUCUUUUAGGUAUGUUUGUGUGAGAAAUUGCUACAAGACUGAUGUAUUCAUCAUGCAGUUGGAUAAUGUAUUCAUUAUGCUUAUUCGAUAGUUUGUGUUCAUCGAGCUAUGUAUAAAUCAUCUCUGCUCUUUUUAAUACAACAAACUGUCUCCAUCUAUCUACACGAGUGACUAACGCAAUAUACCUCUUAUCAUUGUUUUCAAAACUGAAUCAUCAUUACACUUUACUUCUUCAACAGAUCCAUCUCAUUGAGCUUUAAAAAAACUAACACUUUACUUCUCAACAGAUCCAUCUCAUUUAGCUUAAAAAAAAACUAAGAGGAUCCUUGCAGGAACUUGUCGACUCUGUGAUUAGUUGCAGCUGAAAGAAACUUCAUGCAAAUAGGAGGUUUAACUCCAGCUAUAGCAAGCACUGAACUUGGCAAAGUCCAGAUUCCAUCUCCACAUAUCAAACCAGAAGCCACUGCUGUUGCAAAUGCUUCAGCCUUUGGCGCAUCUAACCUCUCCCAGACAAACAAAAUAAAACUCCCCACGCACAUGUCAAUUGCAAAGUAAGGCCCCAAGAAAAACGGUAUAGCCAUU